AGGAACAAGGCGGUAACCCGAUUUUAGGGGAAGUCGGAUUCCGGCUGAUGCAGCUUACAACUUCUUAGUCCUCUUCUUCUCACGAUCAAUUUUAACACUGCAAAUUGCGACAUCGAAACUUCUUUAACCUCCACCGUUUUGUUUCUUGAUCUUUUCAUUUUUUCCGUUUUCCAUUUCUUGGAUGAGACGACAAAUUUCUGCUCGGUGGGUGUUCAUAGAGUAGCGAAAGUACUAGAAGUUCAUGUUACGGUUGCCAAAACGAUGAUCUUUUCGAGGAUCGGAGGCUCUCUUUCUCGCUCUGCGCGUUGCAAACUGCAAGCUAAUGCGUAUUCUGGCUUUUGCAAUGGGAGGAUUUUGUCGGUAGGGGAAUCGUGCUUGGAGGUGAAGCCUUUUAGUAGUACAUGUGAUUCGCGCGUCCAUGGUUGCUUAGGGCUUGCGAAGGCUUAUUUAACAUCAGCUGGGGCUGGAGCUGGUAAGCAGCUUGUUUCUAGAAAGUGCUUGGUGGAUGUCAACUCUGUUCUAGCAAACCCUAGGAUUCGACGCCUGUUCUCAAGCGAAUCGCCUAAGAAGAGAAACUAUGAGAAUUACUACCCAAAGGAUAGGAAGGAGAUUCCGAAGGCAAAAGAGCAGAAGACAGAAUCCAAAGAAGACUCUAAUACUGGUCAUACAGAUUCCCAAGAGAACUUUACUAAGCAGUUUCAGAAUUUGAUCACCCCUUUGUUAUUUGUUGGCUUCAUUUUUUCAUCAUUUUUUAUGGCUCCUCAUGAACAGAAGCAGAUUAGUUUUCAAGAGUUCAGAAAUAAGCUUCUUGAACCUGGUUUAGUGGAUCACAUUGAAGUUGCAAACAGAUCUGUUGCAAAAGUGUAUGUAAGGAGCUUUCCACGUAAGACAAGGCAAACACAAGAUGAUGUUCCUCAGGGUCCCGAUCACGAAAAACCAGCUACAGGUAACAUAAGCCAAUACAGGUACUAUUUCAACGUUGGAAGUGUUGAAUUGUUCGAGGAGAAGCUGGAGGAAGUGCAAAAUGCUUUGGGGAUUGAUCCUCAUGAUUUUGUCCCAGUUGUUUAUGUUUCCCAAGUCAAUUGGUACCAGGAAUUGAUGAGGUUUGCGCCAACAGCUUUGCUCUUGGGAACCCUCUAUUUCAUGGGGAAAAGGAUGCAGGGUGGGCUAGGUGUUGGUGGCCCAGGUGGAAGAGGUGGGCGUGGGAUAUUCAACAUAGGAAAGGCACAUAUAACUAAAAUGGAUAAGAAUGCCAAAAAUAAGGUUUAUUUUAAAGAUGUAGCUGGUUGCGACGAGGCAAAGCAAGAAAUAAUGGAGUUUGUGCACUUCCUUAAGAAUCCAAAGAAAUAUGAGGAGUUGGGAGCAAAAAUUCCCAAAGGUGCUCUACUUGUUGGUCCUCCUGGUACUGGGAAAACACUCCUAGCAAAAGCAACAGCAGGUGAAUCUGAUGUGCCUUUCUUGUCCAUCUCUGGAUCAGAUUUCAUGGAAAUGUUUGUUGGGGUUGGGCCAUCAAGGGUCAGAAACCUAUUUCAAGAGGCUAGACAAUGUGCACCCAGUAUUGUAUUUAUUGAUGAAAUAGAUGCAAUUGGACGAGCAAGGGGACGAGGCGGCUUUAGUGGAGGGAAUGAUGAGCGUGAAAGUACUCUUAAUCAGUUGCUGGUAGAAAUGGAUGGGUUUGGAACUACUUCUGGGGUAGUUGUACUUGCUGGCACCAACAGGCCUGAUAUUUUGGAUAAAGCUCUGUUAAGGCCUGGUCGGUUUGAUCGGCAGAUAACAAUUGAUAAACCUGAUAUCAAAGGACGUGAUCAAAUUUUUCAAAUUUAUCUAAAGAAGUUAAAGCUUGAUCAUGAGCCAUUGUAUUAUUCGCAGAGACUUGCUGCUCUGACUCCUGGAUUUGCUGGAGCAGAUAUUGCGAAUGUUUGCAAUGAAGCUGCCUUAAUUGCUGCCAGGAAUGAAAGUAGAGUGAUCACUAUGAAACAUUUUGAGGGAGCUAUAGACAGAGUCAUAGGUGGCCUGGAGAAAAAGAACAAGGUGAUAAGCAAGCUGGAACGGAGGACUGUUGCAUACCAUGAAUCAGGUCAUGCUGUUGCUGGCUGGUUCUUGGAACAUGCAGAACCACUUCUUAAAGUAACUAUAGUCCCUCGCGGUACUGCUGCUCUUGGGUUUGCUCAAUAUGUUCCCAAUGAGAACCUUCUUAUGACAAAGGAACAACUCUUUGACGUGACAUGCAUGACCCUUGGUGGUCGAGCUGCUGAGCAGGUUCUUUUGGGAAAAAUAUCAACUGGAGCUCAGAAUGAUCUGGAGAAAGUGACCAAGAUGACUUAUGCCCAAGUUGCUGUUUAUGGUUUCAGUGACAAGGUAGGUCUUCUUUCUUUCCCCCAAAGGGACGAGAUGUUCGAGAUGUCCAAGCCCUACAGCAGCAAGACGGGUGCAAUUAUAGACGGUGAAGUUAGAGAAUGGGUGGCCAAGGCAUAUGAACACACAGUUCAGUUGAUAGAGGAGCAUAAAGAGCAGGUAGCUAAGAUCGCUGAGCUAUUGCUUGAAAAGGAGGUCUUACAUCAAGACGACUUGGUUCGUGUAUUAGGGGAGCGCCCAUUUAAGUCAUCUGAGCCCACAAAUUAUGAUAGAUUCAAGCAAGGUUUCAAAGAUGAAGUUGAUGGAGCUAAAGAGAAACCACAUGGAGGGAAUGCAGGGAAUAACAAUGCAUCACCGUCCUUGGAACCAGAUAUGGUACCUACGUAAUGAUAACAUAACGAGUAGCAACGGUAGGAUUUGGUUCGCGGUCGGAGCGCCUGUGAUUCUAUCACCUCAACAUUUUUUUUCCCAAUUCGUACAUAAUAAAAUAAAAGUUUAUGAAGCUGAAGGGUAGGAUCACAGCCGUUUGAACUCCUGAAGAGGUAAAUCUCGAGGUCUCGCCUUCUAUUUAAAGUUCUUGUUUUUCUCUGUAUGCUGCUUUUGGUGAAAUUGUGAAGAUACUAUAUUUGCAACUAGAAGUAUAUCUCUCUCUGAGGCAAGCUUGUACAUUCUUCUAGGCCUCAUAAGUCAUAUCAUAUUAUAAACAGCACACCUUUUGUUGGCCUUCUCUCAAAGCUUAUCAAUAAAAGGGGAUUUUUUUUAAUUUCCUGCACA